UCGGCCGAUCAGCUCUCAUUCCGACAUCUGUGUUGGGGAAAACACUUCCUUUGCUGUGGAAGUUACCAACUAUUUUGAUGACCUAGAUUUCCAUGUUAUUUGGAGAUAUAACAUGCUUCAAGUGCAGGAAAAUGAGCAUUUUUCUCUGAAGGCGGAUAACACAGUCCUGAAUGUACACAAUGCCUUACCUUCGUACUCUGGAAACUACACCGCCUUUGCUGUUCUCAUGCAGAAUGGGUCUCCUGUUGAGUCUGUACUUUCUUUUACCUCAUUUGAUCUAAGAGUUCGUGAUCUCUACUUAAAAGCCGUGGUCCGAAGUCCGCUUGUAGUGCAGUUCGGUAAUAACGCCAUCUUGAAAGUAGAGAAAUCAGUGUUCGGCACUUUAGUAUGGAAGCAUAAUGGAAAUCUGUUGUCUGGCCACGAACCUUAUUACGCUUACGGGAAUCCUCAAAAAACUGAGUUGGAAAUAUCUAAUGCAGGCCCGGAGAUGGCAGGAGUUUACGAGGUUUUCCUUAAGGAGGGUGGAUGUCUGAAACGUGAAGAAAUUCAAGUCCACACAGGAGACAUCAAAAUUCGGCCGAUCAGCUCUCAUUCCGACAUUUGUGUUGGGGAAAAAGCGUCCUUUGCAGUGGAAGUUAACAACUAUUUUGAUGACCCGCUAAAUUUCCAAGUUUUUUGGAGAUAUAACAUGCUUACUGAAGUAGAAGAAAACGAGCAUUUUUCUUUUAAGGCGAACAACACAACGCUGGAUGUACACGAUGCUUUACCUUCUCACUCUGGAAACUACACCGCCUUCGCAGUUGUAGUGGAGAAUGGGUCACUUGUUGAAAAUGUGCUUUCUUUUACCUCGUUUGUUAUGAGUGUUCAUGAUGUAUUCCUGAAUGCCUCGGUCGAGAGUCCUAUCAAAAUAAAGGCUGGUGAUUCUACAAUCUUCAAUGUUGAGAAAUCAGAUCUGGGCGCCUUAUUUUGGACGCACGAUGAAGAGUUAGUGGACGAUAAGAGCCCUCACUACACCUUGAAUGCUAAUAAAACCGAGCUGGAAAUAGUUGCAGCACGCCUGGAACAAGCGGGAAUCUACGAAAUUGUACUCAAAGAGGGCAGAUGCGAGAUAAGCAAAGCUUUUGAAGUUCAGAUAUAUGCAGCAGAACUCAUGAAAGAUGUCAGUGUGCUUGUGAAAGAGAGUAAAUACGCAGAGGAUUCAGGCGAUUCAGAGUUUUGGGCGAUCACGUACAUGAUUUUGGUUUACGCUAAAGCCUUACGCGGAUUUCUCUUCUACAAGUGGUACAUUGCACCAGCUGCUGGUGGAGUAUUGCUUAUUGUAGUCAUUGUGUUGGUUAAUCGCUUUGGUAGGCUGGGAGAGAAGAAAAAAAGCCCCAAGGAAAAUGCUGAAACACAUUCUGAAGCUGAAAAAGGACCACCCAGUCAGCAUUUUGUGUUGAAGACCCCUGUUGUCACAUUACUAAAAGAGGUCAUCUAUCCAUCCGCUGACCAAACAUUUCCAGCGUUAGAGGACAACUUAGCCACAAAUACGUGCGUGGGGAGAGAAAAUCAUAUCCAGUCCCCUAGUUUGGAUCAUUAUAGGCAGGAAUCCCAUUACAGUGGUAUUACAGUAGCUCCCGACUCGCUUGUGGGGCCAACCGUUCUACCUCCGACUCAAGUAUUGUUAAAAAAAGAGACAUCCAGCGAUGGGAGUGACGCUAACUAUGAUAGCUGCGACUCGUUUUGACUUUUAACAAGUGUCAUUAAAAUUAAAAAAUUACCCAGGGAGUCAUUAGAUGUCAUGGAUCAGUCAUGGUACGUUAGAGUAGUUACUGCUGUUACAUAGAGUACAUUAUUGUCUCAUAACAUUGUUACUUUGAUUGUAAAGCAAAGAGUUGAAUACUUAUCACCACAACGGA